AUGAACGAGUGUCAUCCGCCUCUCGACACACUCGGGACUCGGGAGCAAAAUUAUCAGGCACAUGUCCGUCUCAACACCAGACCAGCCUCGCAAGUCGAAUCACAAGUUGAAUUAAAUCUCCAUCUACUCCGCGCUACUCAUCUAGUCCUUCAAACCAUCUCCGCAGCAGCAUUGACCCGUCCCGUCACACACGCCGGCUCGGCUGCCUACCGCCGGCUUCCGCCUCGGCCUAUCAUUGCCGCCCUCAUCAACACGGCCCAGGACUCUGAAUCAACCCGUCCCCCAAGUCUCCAUCACCCGCCCCAAUACUCGGUUGUCGUCUGCUUCUUGAUGCCGGUCCGAGACCACAUCCUCGUCCAGACCAGAUCCUUUGCACCGGGUGUCUUGCCGCUGUCCGCGCGCACGUUCCGUCUCGUCUCGUGCCUGCGCAUCGUCACGGGGCGCGACAUCCCGCUGUGCUUCGUGUCCCGCGUCACGGCCGCGUUUUACAACGACCGCGGUCGACCCGUCUGGAGCCGACGCGUGCUUCUCUACAAGAUUGUGCCCAGGCACCGUCGCAACGUUGCUGCGAACCAAGACAUUCAUAGUCUUACGCAAGCGGAAUACCACCAGCAGUUCCCGUACUUUCAUCAGGACCACACACAAGACAACUACGCCACCUCUUCCACAUCCGCUGAGAACCAAGCCGCUGACCCCUUCAACACCCUCGCCCCCAACCACCCUCUCGCUCCCGUCAGCUGCCCCUCCAGCUCCGGCCACUGGUACACGUCGUUCAACCCGCAAGAGCGUCGCUGGUCCAACAUGUCUGGCGGCUGGAACCCCGUCACGGGCCGCGACAACCACGGCGGCGGCCGCCCCCCCUUUGCGCCGCAGGGCGGCGGGCCCAUGCCGGCCCAAGGCCAGGCCUACAUCCCGCACAUGGGCGGCCCAGGCUAUAGUUUCGGUAUGGCUCCCCAAUUUGCUGGCUACCCAGGCAUGGCGGCUUACGGCGGAGGAUACAUGGCAGCGGCGCCGAGCUACUACCCACAGCCUCCCGGCGGUGGCAUGCCCAUGGCGCCGCCGCCCAUGGCGCAGCAUCCGAUGCACCCGGGCGGCUUCCAGACGCAGCAGACGUUUUCGUACCAGCCCAACGGCGCGGGCAACAUGCUCCCGCGGCAGCCGCAGCCGUACCCCGUCAUCGACCCGACCAUGCCCGCCGCGCAAAUGACCAACAGCUCCGGCGGCGUCGGCUGCGAGCCCGGCUACAACUACUUCUUCCCCGCCGAGCACACCAAGGCGCACAUCUUCAAGACGAGCACCCCGCCCUGGCAGCUGCCGCCCACGGCCCAGAUCCCCUUCAAGGCGACGCACAUCCCGUGCACCACCACCAUGGCCGACCUGCUCAAGGGCUUCGGCUGCACCAACCCCGUCGCCAAGAAGAACAGGGUCUUUGAGGUCAUUGGCAGCGGCAGCGGCAAGUGGUACAAGGGCCUCGCCAUCAGCGGCGACGACAAGGACAUGCUCAAGAAGACGCUCAAGGAGGUGGGCUGGGACAUGACGAGGACGGGCAACCCGCAUGAGAAGCCGAUUGUGUGUCUGUGGUUUUGCAAGGAUUAG